ACCAGCUCAUGGCUCACCGAGGACAAUGCUGAGCGGCUGGCCAACGCGCUGUGCCGCAUGCGGGGCGCGGCGCUGAAGCUGGGCCAGAUGCUGAGCAUACAGGACGAGAACGUGCUGCCGCCGCAGUUCCAGGCGGCGCUGGAGCGGGUGCGGGCGGGGGCGGACGUCAUGCCUCGCAGGCAGCUGCAGCAGGUGCUGGUGUCUGAGCUGGGCGAGGACUGGGAGCAGCAGGUGGCGGAGUUCGACUACCAGCCCCUGGCUGCAGCAUCCAUCGGGCAGGUCCACUCAGCGCUGCUGCACGACGGCAGGCGGGCGGUGGUGAAGGUGCAGUACCCCGGGGUGGCUCGCUCCAUUGAGAGUGACGUGGACAACCUGAUGCGCCUGAUCAGCGUGGCCAACGUGCUGCCCAGGGGGCUCUACGUGGAGAACGCGGUGCGCGUGGCCAAGCGCGAGCUCAAGCUGGAGUGCGACUAUCGCUACGAGCUGCAGAGCCAGCAGCGCUUCAAGCAGCUCAUCGCGGGCGACCCCUACACAGCGCAGCACUUCCACGUGCCCGAUGUGGUGCCGGAGCUGUCCAGCGAGAGGGUGCUGGCCAGCGAGUGGGUGCCGGGGGUGCACAUCGACAAGGUGGCUGCCAUGCCGCAGGCGGUGCGUGACGAGGUGGGCACCAAGCUGCUGAAGCUGACGCUCAAGGAGCUGUUCCACUGGCGCUACAUGCAGACAGACCCCAACUGG